GCUUUUCUGUGUCGUGAGGGACUGCCUGUUGCCUCUCUUCUGUCUCACCACUGAGGAAGAGCGCAGCUCCAGUACAUGCGGGAGAGCCGGACUGUCUCUCUCUCGCCUCCGGCGCCCUCGAGAGACUGUCGCGUUGUAUGUCUCUGUCGAGGACUUCUUCGUGACCGGCCUCGACUUUCAUGUGGAGAUGCGGGAGGGCCGAAGAGAACGGAAAGCUCUCUCUUCGCCUGAAUCUCCCUGCGCCAGUGCGCUCUCCUCAGUCUGGUGCAUCUCGCUCGCGUCGGAACUCGAAGUUCCUCGAAGAGACGCAGGCCGCGCCGCUCACUGGGGCGCGACGCGAGUCGCUCCGGUCGCAGUGUCUCUCUCGCCUGUGGCGGAGCGAAUGCAAACCGCGCGGUCGAUGAGCCAGUGUUGAGGCAAGGACGAGGAAGCAGGAGACGAUCAGAGGAGGGAGAAGAAAAGCAUGAAGCAGAGGAGAACCAGAAGUGAGGGAAGAAAGGAGACCCGGCAGGAGACAAAGAACAGGGCGGGAGUGAGUGGUUGGUGUGAGGCAAAUGGCGCAGGAGCAGCGCGAGGAAGAAAAAAGAAGGAAGGCGGUGACAGUGGCCGCCGCAACUCGAACGGAGACACCCGGUGUGUGCGAUGAAAAGAUGACAGGACGCCCAGAGGGAAGAGAAGACCGCGCAGCCGGUCCCCGCGAUGCGCGAGGCGAAGGCACUCGCAUGUCGCCUUUCUUCUCUCCCUUCCCGACGUCCUCUGCCCUUCGCCAUGUAGAUGAAUACGGGGAAUCAUGGCUUUCCUCUUCAAUGCAGGAGCAGCUGGCAGGAGACCCGUUCGCGGAUUCCUCAGCGCCGCCUUCGCCUCCGUCGCCUGGACCGUCUCGCCUUCCCUUCUUGGCGUUCUCUUCUUCGCUGGCGCCAAACGAGGCAGUCCCCACCGGCGGCGCCGCAGGGCGCGCAGCGACGAACGGCGUCUCAGCCGCCGCAGACGCAAGUGCCAGCCUAAAGGAGACAGGAGACAGCGGCAACACAAGCGAGGAGACAGCAGCCGCCGCGCCUCAGUGGCACGCCGACGCUGCCAAGGUGGGUCUCUUGAGCAACAACGGCAGACGAUUUUGGAAGAAGCGAAAGGCGGGCAUGAUCUCCCUGGUCUACGAAAAUGCGUUGAGGUCUUCACACGUCCACGCCUACCGAUACGACAUUCUUCAAGGCAACGUGAGCGCGGCGGACGGCGCAGGCUUCGUCUUUGCAAAUCGGGUCCCCUGCGGGAAGAACAUCCAGACUCUCUGGAGCGUCUUUGUCAAUCGCCAGGGCACCCUCUGCAAACGCAUGGGCCAAAACCUGGUGAGGCUACCGCCGCCUGGCCUGAAACCUCUGGAGGCAGGAACAAGUGUGUAUCUUCUCGUCGACCUCGACUGCAAAGUUGCUGUCUUCCAGAUGCGCACGGCGGAGGGGACGGAGACACCACCCCGGGUGGUCGCCUUUCAGGACAUGGCUGAGACUGCCGGUUGCUCUCAGGGCUACUUCUGCGUCGUCAUCGCUGCUGGCGAUGUCGUCGUUGAGGUGUCAGACCCAGUUGAACUGCGCCAGAUGUACGCGACACAAAUCCGGCCGUCUCUCUCUGUUUCUUCUCUUUCGCGGCCUUCUUACGUGGAUUUGUCUUCUUCAAAGGCGCCUUUACCGCCUCCUCCUCCUCCGUUCCUGGGCCUUCGUCCUUCCUCCCGAUGUCCCCACCUGGGGGGUUUCCCUGAAAGCAGAUCCGUCGGGAAGCACCCACCGGAGGCUCUUCCUUUGUUCGGCUCUCGUGCACCUCGCAUGAGCCCCGUGCAACAAGAUCUCUCUUUUCUUCCUUCUUCAGCGUCUGCCUUUCCUUCCUCGUCGUCUGCCUUUCUUACACCGCCGUCAGUCUUCCCAUCCGCGACUUCUCCUUCCUCGUCUCCUUCUUCGUCGUCUGUCCUUCCUUCUGCUUCGCCGCCUCCCUCGCCGGUUGUGGCUGCGUCUGCCGGUCUGUCGGCAGCUGGGUGUUCUCCCGCUGCGCGGUCCUCUUCUGACUGCGUCCCCUGUCCAGUCAUCGAGAACUUAGUUCAUGCGGCUGAAGAGACAGGGCUCCACGACAGCCUCUCUUACACGUCUCUCUCUGUUCUGUCUUGUCCUGGGGCCGUACUUCCCUCGCCGUCCGCGCUCGGAUCCUGCUCGGCUCCCCGGUCUGCGCCGUCGUCGGCUUCCUCGGCUUCCUCGCCUUCCUCUGUGCUUUCCAAUGGAGGCGUCGCUUCUCCGGAGGUCCUCGCGCUUCCUUCUGGCACCUCUGCCGGCCCAGGCCUUCUGGCCUCGGCCUGGCCCUCAGUGGCCUCUGCGGCGGCCGGCGAGGAGACAGAGACCGUUCAGAGCCUCCGCGAAAGAGACGAACGAGGCGAUAGGGACGAGGGGUCCGUCUGUCUGAGUCGAGCUCAGAAAUUGCGUCUUCCCUGUCCGAGCCGGAAUGUGUCGCCGCUGCGGUUCUGCGCCAGCUCCGAGCCGUCGGCCGUGAAGCCUGAGAGAGUCCGGAAACUGUCGGGUGACUGUGUCUCCGUGCGCCGGCGAGAUAGCGGCGAGGUCGAGGCGGAUCCCCUGACCCCCCUUGUUGUUUCACUCGCCAGAGACGUGACUCAAGAAGGCUCACCUGCCGUGAGGGACACUGGACCUUCGGACGCUUCUUCCUUGUCCUUCUCGUUUUCUCUGUUCUCUCCUGCCGUCUCGUCUGCGCCUUCGCGAUACUUCACCCACUCCGCGGAGUCGGCCGCGACCUCGAGGGAGACCGCGCGCCUCCCAUGUCCCCCCCAGUCUCCGGUACAGCCUUUGUUUCUUUCGCAUCCGGGCGGCCUGUUCGACGGCCAGGCCUUUUUGAGUUCGUCACCCUUCGCGCGUUGCGGCUCCGUCCCCUUUUCGCUGCCUCCUCACCUUUGUGGCCCGAACGCGGCGGCCGCCAGUGUUGCCGCCUCUGCAGCCACCCAGCUGCCGUACCUCUUUCUCGAGUUCGAGCGUCUGGUGGCGACGGCUGUAGGCGGGGCAAUUGUCGCCUCCGAAAACCUUCCUGCGUCGCUCUCCUCGUUUGCCUCUUCCCCCUCGAGGCUGGUCUGGAACAACCGCGCUGCGUCUGCUCACGUGAUCGCCGCAGCCGCACACAUGACCGCAGCCGCGCAGGCGAUUGCGUUGGAAGCGCAGCAGGAGGCCGAACCGUUCCGGGCCGCCGAUUGUGCUGCGACCGCUAGUUGGGCUCCAAGUGGCGGGACCGCUGAGCACGUGGGCGAGGCAGGCAAAACAUCAGGAAAACCAGCGGCGGAGGCGCCCGAGGACGAUGCCGGCGUUCAGAGGCCGACGGAGGGACGCUCACUGGAGGCGAAACGACAUGGAGUUUCGAGAGAGGGUCACCGCCUAGGGAGACAGACAGACAAGAGUGUGAAGUGGGAAGACGCCGAGCUCCGGGAGGAGGUCGGCACAGAGAUCAUCCACUCUUCUGCAAGGAGGGGGCUCCAGUUUGUGGCGCCGCUUCUCUCGCCAGACAUACGAGGCGGUCGACUCACUUCGCGACCAUCGGAAACACCCAGGGACGAAGAAACGUUUGAAAGAAAACACUCCGUUGAGGCCGCUGAAAGAGAACGCCCAGCAGAGACGCGAGAGGAAGAAGGCGCCUCGUCGGCAGCAGCUCCGGAAAGCAGGGAGGAAGGAGACUUGAGGGACGCCAAGAGGGUCGAAGCGUGAACGCGAAUGACGGCAACUCCACACGCCAAAAGACAAAAGCGACAGAUCUAUUCUUGCUUAACAGGUCAUGUGGGUGAGCGUCCCUCUCUGGAAAGUCCGUUUGUUCAGACGCGCAUCUCUGAGUUCGUGCGGACAAGGCCCUGGAAAGCUCCUGGACGCCCUGGCGGAACCUGCAGAUGUAUCGGUGGGGUGCCAGGACGCUGAUGUCGGUGCCACUCAAAGGCAGGAGGUCUGCUCAGUGUGUUCGUUGCGAGUUUUUACUGGGGAAGAAAGGCGAAGUGAAAGGGCAGUGCUGUGGCCAUGGAGGGUGUUUGCAAGCAGAGUUGGCGCAGCCGAGGCUCAAUAGGGACCUGAAGUCUCUCUUCGAAUGCCCCGCAUUUUCUGACUCACCAGAAGAGCGGCCCUGGCUGCCGAGGGGCACAAGGACAAGCGCCCAGGAAGUCCUGUGUGAUGCAGAUUUUGUAUUUCUGUGUGUAUAUCAAAACGGUUACCUACGCACAGCUGUGAUCUCCGCUGCAGCAGUCUCUUUCCUAACGUUUGUCUGUGCAGAGUGGUUCGGUCGAAGGUUUGGGUGUCUUGUCUUAGCGGUAAAAGGGAAGGACGAGCAUUCUGGUUGCCGCGUUUCUUGUCGGCAGCCCCCGUGAGCCGGUGUCGAAAGUGCCGACUGCGUUGGCAUGAGGGAAUCGAUCUCACCGAGGUGUUUGUCUCUCGUGUGCUUGCAAGAACUGACCGGGGCGUUUACCGGGUUCGCCGAGAAGCGGAUGAGGCCUCCUCUUCAGUUCUUGCAUGUAAAUACGGAAUUUUGUGACUCGUUGGCGAUGUCGCCAAGGCGGGGAACGACAUACACCCUCGUACCGAGAUGAAGAGUUCACAUGCCUCCACGCGCACUGUGUGCGGCGGUUGCUUUUCGUCUGUUAAAAAGGUUUGCUCACGUCGGACCGUGCUGUUGACAUCGAUGAAACGGGCAGACGAACGUCUGUCGCCUGGAUUUUUUCGCGAGACCAAGGAGGGUAAACUCCUCACAGUCCUCGCAACCCGACAGAAAAUACAUGUACAAAUGUGUAUAUAUAGAGAUACGUGUGUGAAUGCGCAUGCGGCUGUUUGUGCAUGUCUAUGCGUAUGUGUGAAAGAGAGCGCUGCGAAUCCUUGUAACGAUUCGCGUACCUAUACGGGAGGAGACUUUGACUUUGCGAAUGCUGAUCGGUUGGGGGUCCCAUCACAAGGGAAGAAGCGAUUUUGGAGUAAGUGAGAGGCUGUAGGGUCGUGGCGACACAUGCAUGGAACGACCGGAAUGGGUUGCUCAUGUGAGUGCCUACGUUUGUUCACCUGUGUAUAUCCGUAGUCAAACUGCCUGGAGUACAACGCCGCUGGGCGCUGGGGGUAUGUCAUUUAAACCCGUGUGUUUUUCUGGCCUACUCUAGAAGUUCUGUCUUGCCUCCGGGUCAUUUUUUGUCAAUUUCGGGAGUUCGGAGACUUUCAGUUUCCUUCCUCCCUUGUCACCGCAGUGAAGACGCCUGCUUACAAAGGCACAUCGUUGUUAUAACGUCCGUUUCGGCCUUCACUCUGUUGACGGGGAAGUAGUUUGUCAAAAAUAUUCCGCCUUCCUCAUCGCGUUUGCAUGUUUGUUCAUCGUAUCAUGGCGUGUUCUCCCUUCCUCGGUACCAUCGUUGUCAGGACUUCGUCGAGUUUCAAACAGCCCCAGGGCGCACACAUAGAUCCUCACCGCGUUGCUUAAGCCACCG